UAAUCGUUGCAGUCCUUCGCAAAACAUUUGCUUAGCACAAAAGGCAAACACCCUCCGAGAAGUCCCGAACCUCAGAAUGUCUGUUGGUACAGAGGGACCAUUCUUCUCGCGGUCUGUCUCGAGUUCUCCAAUAUCCUCGCAGCUUCUCGCGAGAGGAAGCCAGCGAGUGGCGCAGCGUGACGUGCGCAGGCAACGAUCCAGCUGCCCAGUCGUCAGUCAGUCCGUCAGGUUCACGGGUAUGAACGGCGAAGCGUCCACCCGGCACGCCAGCGUCCACCCGAAGAGAAAGGAGCCGUGUGUACCCGCCAGCUUGUCUUUGGCGGCCUCGCUCGUCGAGUGCAGGCCUCUUCCCUCCCUGUACGGUCUGUUCGUCUGCGAUUUGCCGGAGGAUCUGCGUUUGCAGAAGUUACUGAGUCUUGUCUCUCUUGUUGUUUGUGUUACGGUCCGCGAUAACAACGGUCUCUGCCUUUUACUGUUCGUGGUUGACGGUCUUUGAAAGAAGUGCCAAAAGUCGAAUCUGGUGUUCAUUCAUCUGCUAUGCUGAGCGGCGGGUCCUUCUGGAGGAUUCUGGGACUCAACGCAGUCAUCUGGUCGGCCUUACCUGGUGCAGUGACAAAAGAGUGCCUGAAGAGAGAUGUACUGGGACACCGGGAGAACAAUGUCUACUCGUGUGACCACCCGGUCUUCACCGAGUGUUGUGAGCACCAAGGUCGCUUCACCUGCUGCGAGCCUGUCGUCGAUAAAAGUCUGAAAGAGCAGUUGCAGCUCUGGGGGAUGAUCGCUGCCAUGCUGGUGGUCGGCGCCAUGAUUUACACGUGUGUGGUCAGGGAUGGCUCGGUCUUCGAGGCCGAGACACUGAAAGAGGCCGUGCGCAAAAAACUGCGGAUAAGGAAUCCCACGGAGGACCAGAAACCCCUUGUGAACACAAGCCCGCUGCCGGAGUUACAGCCAAGCCCCGGGUACCAGUGGAAAGCAACGAGUUUCUGAAGAUGCGCAUCAGCCCAUGUAUCAGGACAGAGUGUAAACACCAGCGGAAGUCGUCAACGGAAGUCAACUUGAAAGAAUUAAAAAAAUGCGCGGAUGGACCAAACACUGACCAGUGCAUCUGCUUUUGGAAGAAACUCCAAAUUAAUGAUAAAACUAAUUAUUUUGAUGAUAUUUGAAAAUGAAUUCUCUGCUUCAUUCUUUUUAUAUUCUUCUUUGGCAUUUUUCUCUUUCUCUCUGACUUUUUGUGAGAUGUUUUUCAAUGCACACAUUCCUUCUUUCCACGUUAAGGCUCUCUCUCUCUUUCACACAAACACACAAACAAACACACGCACACCCAAGCACGCACGCAAGCACGCCCCUCGCCGUGAUAUAGCCUUAGUUGUCGGCACGACAUAAAACACACACAUGCACACGCGCGCCCACACACACACACAAACGCACACAUGUGGAUGCACUACACGUUCAUGUCAAACUCAAGCAUCCACAGGUCAGAGGUGAAUGUCAGAAAGCAUGACACAUUCUUGUGUCAAUUCCUAUUCAAGUCAAAUGCAGUGACACUAAUUCUUUUGGAUUUCGAGAUAAGAAGCAUCGCUUCCACAUGUCUACUGAUGUAUAUAUUUAUCAUUAUCUCCCCACCAACGCCCCCUGUUGUCUCUCACAUUCAGAAAUUUUCUCCUGAAUUCAGAGUACCACAGGAUGGGGGACCUCUGUGACCUUUCUAUAACCUUUAAUGCUCCUGUGAUACUUCAGUCUUACCAGACAUUGACCGAUCGGUGGGCUUUAACAACAGAGGACUUUCAUUAUACGCUCUUUGUGGUGAAGAAUUCUUUGAUCACAAAAUUGAAUUUUUUCAGGCGUUAGCAUGCGUGUGUGCGUUUGAGAGUUUCUGUGCAUUAAGGAAUCUGUGGAAGAAUGCUGAAUAUUUCAGUGUACUUGCCUUUCAAACUGUUUACCUGUGACAAUAAAUAAUAUUAUACCUGUGCCAAGAUGUCAAAGCAGGAAUAUGAAAUUACUAUUGUUAACAUUGAUUCAAUGCAGAAAAAGUAAGCUAACUAAAAUUAUUCUAUUUUCGUUUUUUUUAUUCUGUCAUUUUACGUGUAACGUAAAUUCUAA